CCCCCUUUUAGAUCGUAGAAAGCCUAGGAUUCAGUUUCGGAACUUCGUCUAAAUUUGUGCGUUUUUUGGGGGGAGAAGGCAGAAGGUAGAUCAAUGGGUGCUUCAGUCAAAGAGGAGUAUGCUCGUGUUUCGCGUCCCAAUCGCCAGCUUGAACUGGCCAAGAAGCGUCUUCUGUUCUGGGCAGCACGCCUACAGAUGAUGCCUCACGAGGUGGAUGGGAUGUCUGAUGGGGAGCUCAACCUUAGGUUUGAAGAAGUAAAGAGGAAGGAAGCAGCUUUUGAGCAGCGAAAAAUUGACUUUGAGCGCUGGGCGGAACUCAACCAGUUGAGAUACCUCAUGUACGAGGAGCAGAGAAAGUACAACAAGCGUUACGGACCCGGUGGACCCUCCAUCUGGCGCAUCCUGGCCAUGGCCCAGCAGGAUCUGGAGGAGAAGCUCCAAAUAGAUCAACUGCGAGGGAGCUGCCAGCGUUUUCCCUCACCCAUGUCCCUAAUGGAAGAACGACACAGUGGCGGAAGGCAGCGGUUUCUGGAACCAGUGAGAUCUAGCCUAUGUGGCUGUAUUUCAGAGUCAUAUGAUGAUCUGGAACUGAGAACUGAUCCCAGCUCAGAAGGAUAUAAACAAGGCCAUGAGGAACCCCUUAAUGAUAGCUUAUUACCAUAUUUCAACAAGUAUUGCAAUCCACAUGUGAAAAGCGAAGACUCCUUCAAAUGUAGUGGGGGAUCUUCAGAUCUGGGCUUUUGUCCUCUCUGCAAAAAGAAACACCUGCGCUUGCCACCUCCUUUCUGACCAGGGAAAUAAAUCAAAGACCUGUAAUAAACCCAGUCCUGUCCACUUUGAUUUUAAUGUGUGAGUCUACACAGUGGAAAAUAAGUGCUGCCUACAAUACAUUUUAGCCACAGCCGCCUUUUAUUGAUGCAUUAUUCCUGUGUAAUCGAAGCGACAUGCGCUUCAUCAAAUAUUGAUGUGUCUGGCCCGGCUUUUGGUCACUGGUCUGCUCCUCUGUGCCUCGUUAGCUGUCAAUUAAGUGGACACCUGUGCAGUUAAUGCGAUGCUGCCGCUGCCCAUUUCCCAUUUUCCAGCGUUUCCCCUCCAGGUUUUCACACUUCCAUCGCGACGACGAGGUUCAAAGCCGAAAAGUCCAUUGCCAAGCAAGUCUAUGAUUUGAUAAAUGAGCGGCCAGCCGGAGAUCGUCGAAGUUGUGGAAACUCUGCGGCCUUUGGCAAACUUUGCUUGGGGAAUUAAUAAGCUGCGAUUUGUGGCCACAACUCACAGUAAUAUGUUUACUGGGUUGGGGGCCAUACUGUCGGUUUAUCUUUGUGAAAUUCGAUUGAGGAAAUAUCGCUGCACAAACAAAGAGCUGCACUCAAAAACACACACAAUAAUGCAGACAGUGUGCAACAUAUGGUGUGGCAUGCAGAUUCCGCUCCAUGUUUGCUAAUUAACAACUGCAAUGGCGUAGAACCCAUUAACUGUUAAUUACCAUAAACAUGACAAUUCCAUUGGCCGGCCAACAAGGAGACCGAACAAUGUGCCGCGCUAGAUACACUCACAAAGUCCUCGAGAAUCACUGGAAAAAUACCCAUUUCAGUUUUCAAGAUUUAUUUAAACUGUUUUUUAACGUUAUUUAGACGUUUGGUUUUUAAUAGAUAAAUAGGCGCUAUUUUAAGCUAUAAUCCCCUCUCAUUUUAGAUCCAUAGCAUUAUUAAAGUUUUAUAAUUCUGUACGUAAUUGUUAAUUAAAAGGUGAAUAGAGUACUGCUAAAUUCAGAAACUUGUGAAUGGUUACUAAUAUGAAGUAUCCCCAUUAAAAUGGACACCAAUUUCAGUCACAUUCAUUUAAACAGAUUCCAAUGGCAAUUUAUUAUACACAUGUUUUGGCCAGCAUUGUCUACCAUUUUUACGGCGGCUGUUUUUCAAUGAACUUUUAAUAUGUUUUCGCUUUAAAUUAAAAUAAUAUUACAGUCUGGCAUCUAGGGAAUUGCCUAUAUGCAUUAAAUCCAAGAGUAGGCAUAAAUGAACGCUGCUUGCUUGGUUGCCACUAAAUAUUUGUUUAAACAUUUUACAGCUUGUCGCUGCUUAACAAACUAGACAGACAGCAGUCAACCCGAAAUAUUUUAAAGACUUCUCUGCACAUAAACUUUAUAGUUUUCUUUGGUCCGACACUUGCAAAAGAAAUGGCAUACAUUUAUCUUUAAGAGGAAAAGAUUUAUAGCUAGUCAUGGCAGUUGUUUGUUGGCCAACAAUCACAGAACGCUGAUCAAAUCGCAUUUAAGCAAUGACGAAGUGGGAAAUAAAAGCACCAUUGAAAUGGCAGUAACAGUAACAAUAACAAUAUAACAAAUAGCAAAUAACAAAUAACACAUUGCAUGCAAAACAAUCAAUCAACGGCAAUUUCUCGCUCAAUUAGGCAACAAACAUGCCAAAUAAAUGCAAAAGAAACGAAGUAAAGCAAAUUAAAUUCAGUUUCGUGUUAAAGAGCCAACUGGAGACUCGACUUUUUUCUUUCUAACGGGUGGGCGGGAGAAAAUCGGGGGAAAAACGAAGGAAAAUCAGUGGAAAAUGCCGUCGCUUGCCGCUUUGGCAAUUUGACAGCGGAAUAUCGGUGGAAGCGCCAGAGAAGCAAAAUAGACAAAUGGCAAAUGCAAAAUAGCUGGAAAGCGGGAAAAUUAUGCAGUUUCCCAGAUGCCGAGAAAAUAUAUAUACAUAUAAAUGGGAGAUAUCGGCGAUGAGAGGGACAGCUAGAGCGAGAGCUGUCGGUAACUAUGAUGGCGAAUAAAAAAUAAAGAGCCGCAAAUCAAUUUCAUCACGAUUUCUCGUCGCCGAAUCGCCGCUGAAAGUGAAAUGUGGCCAUGACACUGGAUCUGCAGAGGAGCCACAAUCAUCGAUCGCCCGUCCGUCAGAUAAUUGUAACUUAAUAUUCGAGCCAUUAACAAAUCGCAAGUCGGUAGAAAUCAGCCAAGUCAACAGCAGCCGAUGGAUGCAUCGGGCUUAUUCGAAAAACGAAUGUCAGUCAAAUGUUGCUAGUGGCAAUCACAUGAGAUCUCUGAUAAUUCUGUGGAAAACUGAAUUGUUAAUUUUGUGAGCAUUAAAAAUAUGUAUAUAUAUUUAUAUAAACAUUACACACAAAUGUUUGUGCUUGUAAGAAAGAUAUAGACUAAAACGUAUACAAUACUUAUUCGAAAUAAAUUCAAAUUUAUUACCAAACCAACUCGAUUUCCAACAAUGAGGUGCAAUCAAUUUCGAAUUAAUAUUAAAUUAAUAAAUAAUCCUGAUAGAUGUUUGUUGAUGCUGGCCAAAAUAUCCAUGUUGUAAGCCAACAUCAAUGACAAGUAUUUUUUUUACUGUGCACAAUGUAUAAUUUCACCGUUAAGCUCUGGCCAAUUUCUUGAAAGGUUUGUUAACCCUUUCAUUUGGGAGAGAAAUUCUCUAAAGCGUAACCAAGUUUGCCAAAAAAAAAGUAUAGGAGUCAUUGUCAUUGGGGAGUUGUCUUUGCAAGUUCAUCGUCAUCAUGGUCGCUUGAACACCGCCCUCAUCACCAUUCUGGCGAGCUUUACCCAAGCGAUUAUUGUAAUUUUAUUGUUCUCUUUCUUCCGAGGCUGGUCUUCUCCCCGAUUCUUCUGUCUACACCGCUGAUUGCCCCCUUCUACGUAGGACCCUUCAGUUAAUGAGGUCAGCCUAUUUGAUUUUAACUCUUGGUUACGCUUGACGGCGUUUUCCCUCAUUUAGCGGGAAAGUGUUCUGCGGAAAAUCGUACAGCACCGCCAUUGUUUUCCACUUUUUUCCGCUGCUGCGACGCACCAAAAAUGGCUGGCAAUUUAGCCAAAUGCGACACGAUUCUAGGGCCUGAGUUUAUCCCAUCAUCUGCAGCUCCCGAUUGGAGGUUGCACAACACGGGAGACUUGGCAGGCUCCCAGGUUCAGGUCCACUAACCUAAACCCAAACCCAAACCCGAACUCAUUGACCUUUAACACACAGCAAACAGGGACGGUAAAAAGUGUCGCCAAACUAUUUUUUUUCGCUUUCCUCGGACUGGGCUUGAAUUUGGUUAUUUAUUUUUUUUGUGGGCAAAUCGUGUUGCUCCUUAUUUACCAGGCUAUAAAAAAGCUGGUGGCCCAAUGUCCGACUGUCUGGCAUUUUGCUGGUGUUGCAACCACGUAAAUGUCAAUUUGCAUUUCGUGAGGCGUUGCAUAAACAGCAGCUCCCCCUUGUUAUCCCCAUUGCCUUGUUUUCAAUUUGUUACUGAUCUGAAAUAUUUUUAUUAACAGACGGAAACAAUUAGCGUCGCCUCAACGAACGCAACAAGCGCCGGCCAAAAAGUUAAAGCCGUAGCUCUCCUUUUAUUUUAAUUUUUUAUUUUUUUUUUAUUGGCUUUGUACGAUCUGCGGACAGACGUAUCUGUUUCCUUUUGCCAGCGACUGCGUGGCCUUUCCCCCCGCGCCACAACCAACCACCACCCACCACCCCAAGCGAUACGAGAAGGAAAACCAAAAUGGGAAAUUGAAAACGCGCAAAAAACGUUUCAGACACAAAAUCGUGAUUGCCUUCGUUUGGCCGCCAGACAUUUCGUUGUUGUUCCUGCUGCAGUGCUCCAGAUGCCGAUGAAAAGGGGGGAGGGGGAAUGAACUGGGGGACUACGGUGGGUCAACAAUGGGGCGGUCCUAGGGGUGGUGAUCCUGACUGCUUAUGCAAAACUGCAUUCCAGGAAAUGCAGUUGAAAUGGGAGCAAUGUAGGAAAUCAGGAUAUUGAUCGAGAAUCAACCAAAAAUA